CAACUUACUAUACAACAGAAACAUUUUUAGAUGCCCAAAUGGAAAGAGUCGUACAGCAAGAGAAACAGAUCAACAAACAACAGGGUGAACUUGAGAAGCUGAGAAAAACCCAAAACACCGCUUUGACUGAUAAGGAUAAGAAGAGCCCUGAGUGUCUCAGGAUUGUUCUGAUUGGGAAGACCGGCAGUGGAAAGAGUUCUUCAGGAAACACCAUACUAGGAUCAAACAUGUUUAAAGCAAAGUCAAGUCAAAAAUCAGUCACCAAAUAUUGUGAGAAAAAAAAGGGUGAAGUGGACGGUCAUCCUGUUGUUGUGGUCGACACUCCUGGACUGUUUGACACAACUCUGUCAAAUGAAGACAUUCAUGAGGAGAUGGUGAAAUGUAUCAGCCUCCUGGCUCCAGGACCACAUGUCUUCCUGUUGGUGUUACAGAUUGGUAGAUUCACAGAUGAAGAGAAGAAAACAUUAAAACUCAUCAAGGAAGGUUUCGGGAAGAACUCUGAGAAGUUCACCAUCAUUCUUUUAACUGGAGGAGAUGAACUAGAACGCGAUGAGCGGUCCAUUGAAGAAUAUAUUAAAGAGGACUGUGAUGAUUUAUUCAAGAAGUUAAUUUCUGACUGUGGAGGAAGAUACCAUGUGUUUAAUAAUGUAGACAAAAAGAACCGCCAACAAGUCAGUGAGCUGAUAACAAAGAUUGACACCAUAGUGAAGGAAAAUGGAGGAAACUGCUUCACCAAUGAGAUGCUGCAAGAAGCUGAAGCAGCAAUAAAGAAGGAAACGCUGAGGAUCCUGAAGGAGACGGAAGAAGAGAUGAAGAGAGAGAGAGAGGAGCUAGAAAGAAAACAUGAGGAAGAAAAGGAAGCCAUCAAAAAAAGAUUGGAAGAAGAGAAGAAAAAAUUACAGCAGGAAAGAGACCAGAAACUCAAAGAGAUGGAGGAAAAUAUGAAAAAGGAGCGUGGCAUCGGGGCUCCUCUGCUCUCUGUGAUCCAAUGCACAGUUAGAGUCAUGUACAGUACACCGGAUAACUAA